AUGUCAGGCUAUGCGCAAGAAAUCCACAAAAGGUACCCCGACAAGGGCCUGGACGACAACUUCUGCCGCAACCCCGACAGCUCCGAGCGGCCCUGGUGCUACACGAUGGACCCCAGGCGGGAGCGCGAGUUUUGCCGUAUCCGCGUCUGCAUGUCGGGGAUACCCUGCCAGCGCUGGGACGCCCAGACACCCCACAAGCACCACUUCGUGCCCGAGAAGUACCCGUGCAAGGACCUGCAGGAGAACUACUGCCGCAACCCCGAUGGCUCCGAGGCCCCGUGGUGCUUCACCACCCGGCCCACGUUGCGUGUGGCCUUCUGCUUCCAGAUCCGACGCUGUGCCGAGGAGCUGGGUGCCCAAGACUGCUACCACGGCCACGGAGAGCUGUACCAUGGCCACGUCAGCAAGACACGCAAGGGCAUCACGUGCCAGCAGUGGUCGGCGCAGAAGCCUCACGUGCCCUUAAUCUCGUCCAUCAGCCAUCCCGAUGCACACCUGGAGGAGAAUUACUGCCGCAACCCCGAUAACGACAGCCACGGCCCCUGGUGCUACACCAUGGACCCCCGCACGCCCUUUGACUACUGUGCCAUCAAGCCCUGCUCUGGGGACAAGGUACCGUCUGUCCUGGAGAACGCAGAUGCCGUGGCAUUCGAACAGUGCGGCAGGCGGGAUGAGAGGCUGCAGCGAAAAGGGCGCAUUGUCGGGGGGCAGCCUGGCAACUCGCCCUGGACCGUCAGCAUCCGAAACAGGGCCGGCAUGCACUUCUGCGGGGGAUCCCUGGUGAAGGAGCAGUGGGUCAUCAGUACACGGCAGUGCUUCUCCUCCUGCAACGCGGACCUGUCAGGCUAUGAAGUCCAACUGGGAACUCUCUUCAAGGACCCUGGCCCUGAGGACCCCGACAAACAAGCUGUCCCCAUCGUCCAGAUCGUGUGCGGCCCCUCUGAGUCCCACCUGGUGCUGCUGAAGCUGGCGAGGCCGGCCGUGCUGAACAAGCGAGUGGCUCUGAUCUGCUUGCCACCUGAGCGCUACGUUGUGCCCGCGCAGACCGUGUGCGAGAUUGCUGGCUGGGGGGAAACCAGAGGCACUGCAGAUGGCUCCGUGCUCAACGUGGCCCAGCUGCCCGUGCUGGCCAACGCAGAGUGCAAUGCGGUAUUGCGCGGGCGUGUGAAGGAAAGCGAGCUGUGCACUGCCCCGCUGCGUGCCGGUGUGGGAGCCUGUGAGGGAGAUUACGGGGGGCCCCUGGCCUGCCUCACGCACGACUGCUGGGUGCUGGAGGGGGUGAUCACCCCAUCCCGUGUGUGUGCCCGGACCGACCAGCCUGCCCUCUUCAUCCGCAUCUCGCUCUAUGUAGACUGGAUCCACAAGGUCAUGAAGAUGAUCUGAGCUGGACAAAGGGUGGCCAGAUGGGCUGCCUGCUGUGCCCAGGGCAGCCAGCAGGUGGCACAUCCCUGCUCACUAUGCCCUGGAGGCGGCACAUCUCUGCCCACCAUUCCCAACUGGAAUAAAGGGAGAGGUGUCCAGCCUG